AUGUUUUUCAAACUUGGUAACUCGAUACCAGCGCGUCUAAUAAUGAGCAUACCUUAUCGUCACUAUCGAGCAGCGGUUGCCGAACAAGCGAUAAUACCCAACAUAAAUGAUUAUAGUUCCAAUCUAAAUUUCGAUUCAUUAUCAGCUAAAUCGAUAACAAGCAGUCUUAUAUCAAUGUCGAAUCAAAAAGCAAAUCGUCUAUUUUUCGACUUUGAAUUACGUUCGAACGUAAUUGAAAGAUUUAAAAGUUUAAUUCAAACAGCAACACAUAAUUUGGAAGCUAAGAAACAAUUACAUGAAAUUCUAUCAAUGCUUUAUGAAAGAAGGUUUCAGGUACCGCCUAUCGAAAAGAUUGGUUUGGGCGCCAACUAUCUAUUGAAUGAUAUUUGUUUCCUAUUAGAAAAUCAUUUAUUAGACCAUAUUGAUGAAUUAGUCAACGAUCAAGUGAGUAAGCUCGAGAUACCUAAAACAGGUAAAGCCUAUGUCCAAUGGAUAAUGAACAUAAUUCAACGUCAUUUGGCCGCUAAGCAUCCAUAUUAUAAUGAGUUUAUGUUAAACAAAGCAAAUAAAAACGAUGUGAAAUAUUGGUUGGCACAAGAAAGCACGUUAGAUCAAAAGUUUGAUGAUAUUCUGGCACUGAUGCAAGUGGGAACAUCUGGACCAGUCAAAAUGGAAAUAGCUUCAAAUUAUUGGGAUGAAAUGGGGAACGGGGAACCGUUGAAAACACACACAUACCUAUUUGAAUUAUUGCUGAAUGAAUUAGAUGUUACUAGUGAGUAUAUACGUGAUAACUUAUUAUUAACAUCAUUGAUCACUGGUAACAUAUCAACAUGCUAUGUUCUGAACAAAAACCUAUUUUAUCAAGCAAUUGGAUAUUUUGGUGUUACAGAAUAUUUAGCACCAAUACGAUUUAAAAACGUUGUCAAAGCAUUAGAGAGAAAUGAAAUAUCGGACGCAGGCAAACAGUAUCAUAAAUUACAUAUUUGGAUUGACAAAAUACACGGUGCAGCAUGGUUCAAUAAUGUUGUGAGAAAAAUGAUCGAUAAGCAACCGGAAUGUGGGAAAGAAAUUAUCAAAGGGGCAUUAGUUCGUUUACAAACAUCUGUCGAACAUUUAAAUUCAUUUCCAUCAUCAACACACAUUCCUUUACAAACACAAACGAAAAUCAAAAUAUAA